AUGUUUCGCGCACAACAGAACGCUUUCGACGAUGCCGUCGCCAAGGCGACGGACGAGAACCUGACCUCCGAGAACUGGGAAUACAUCCUCGAUGUCUGUGAUAAAGUCGGUUCUGAAGAAUCUGGCGCAAAGGAGGCGGUUGCUGCCAUGAUCAAGAGGUUGGCUCACAGGAACGCUAAUGUGCAGCUCUACACGUUGGAGCUUGGUAACGCGCUAUCACAGAACUGUGGUCCGAAGAUCCACCGGGAGCUGGCCUCAAGGAGCUUUACGGAUGCUAUGCUGCGAUUGGCGGCUGACCGGAACACGCAUCAGCAAGUGAAGUCUAAGAUCCUCGAGCGAAUGGAAGAAUGGACUAAAAUGUUCUCAUCCAACCCGGAUUUCGGAAUCAUGGAACAGGCCUACAUGAAGCUGAAGACUCAAAACCCGAAUCUCCAGCCACCAUCGAAACCCGUGAAGCAACAGAUCACAGACGUGGACAGACAGAAAGAAGAAGAGGAGCUCCAGAUGGCACUUGCACUCUCCGUCAAAGAGAGAAAACCUGUCCCUACUCAGGCGACCUCAUCUGCUGCAGCUGCCAGCGCAUCAACCCCUACACCUGCACCGGCCGCCGUGGCAGAAGAGCCUGCGAUUCCCCAUCCCGUCCCACCCGGAACUUCAGCGGCCACCGUCUCGCGAGUGAGAGCUUUGUUUGACUUCCAGCCUUCUGAGCCCGGCGAGCUACAGUUCCGAAAGGGCGAUAUAAUUGCUGUUCUGGAGUCCGUUUAUAAAGAUUGGUGGAAGGGUUCGCUGCGCGGCCAGACCGGAAUUUUCCCUCUCAACUACGUCGAGAAGUUGGCCGACCCGACAGUUGAAGAGCUUCAUCGCGAGGCGCAGAUGGAAGGAGAUGUUUUUGGUCAAAUUAAGAACGUCGAGAAGCUUCUCACACUGCUGAGCACUCGCAGCUCCGACCUCAAUGUGCAGGAGAAUGAGGAAAUCACUACACUCUAUCAUUCAACCCUUGCUAUCCGACCCAAACUUAUCGAGUUGAUUGGCAAAUACUCACAGAAGAAAGAUGAGUUCACCCAACUUAAUGAGAAAUUCAUCAAGGCUCGCCGAGACUAUGAAUCCCUAUUGGAGGCUUCAAUGGCUCAGCCGGUACAACCCCAGUACGGACGACCUGGACAGCCGCAGUAUGGCUAUCCUGGUGCGGCUCCUGCUGGAUAUCCCCAAGGUCCUCCUCCCCAGGCCGACCAGCGUUACUUUAGCCCUCGUCCUCAAGAAACCCAACCCCCGCAGCCUCAAGGUACGCCUUUCUACGGCGCAGAGCAGCAGGCCAUGCCGUACCGGCCCGCCUCUCAUUCUCCGGACCCUCGAGCUCAGUAUGCCGGGGCGCAGCCUUUGCAGCCACAACAGGCGCCGCAGCAAGCGCCACCUUCCGAUCCAUACCAGCAACCUAUGCAUCAUCGUCCCCAGUCUACCUACGACCAUCCCCAAGAACUAGGCACAUCUGUCUAUGACUCGCCUGUUGACCAACACAAUGUCGGAGGACGCCCUCCUUACCCUCCUACCGGGCAAGCCCCGCCGGUGGCUCACCAACAGUUCCAACAGCAGCACCCGCAACAACAGCAACAGGAUUAUUCCCCAUCAGCCUAUUCUGCCGAUGACUCUGCUCAGCUGCCAUCGGCUCCUGGAAUGCCCCCUGUCCAGCAACCUUCCAACCAUUUCCCGCCGCAGCCGCAAUCCCAAGCUCCCUACCCAGACUCACCAAGCGUUCAGCAACAAGCGCCGUCCCACCAACCGCCCCCAGUGCCGGGCGCCGGGGCUCCCCCAUCCCAAUACACCGCUUUCAACCCGGCCCCUUCAGCCCCUGGCGGCGGCGAGUACCAGGCAUACCAGCCCGCACCGGGUGGGGCGCCUGCGUCGAACCCAGCAUCCUUCUAUAGAUAA